GAGACCUCUGUCGUUACACACGAUCUCUGCUGUGCUCCUCCGCUCCGCUACCGGCCGCUGUGGGUCACCACCGGCACGUUAACCGACGUUAAACCGUUAAACCCGGAGGAAGCAGGAAAACACGGGGCGGCUUGUGAGCAGCAAUCACGGCUGUAAACGGGCUGUGUUCACCGGGACAGAAGAUCCUCCAGGACUGCACCGGGGAUUCGUCACUCUUAGAGCCGGGACUGGAGCUCUGUCUGCCGGGGAGAGGCGCUGCCUGCCGCGGUGUGUGUGUGUGUCCGGAGGCCGGCUGAGGGGAAGAUGGAGACCCCAGUGUGAACACCUCAGCUAAGUUAAUCAAAGCUCUUCUGGGUCGGCUACACUGAACCAUGGAUCAGACACUGUUUAAUUUAUCAGGCAACGGGCGCAUCGUCGCCGGCCUGCUGGUCAACCUGCUGUCCUCCAUCUGCAUCGUCUUCAUCAACAAAUGGAUCUACGUACACUACGGCUUCCCCAACAUGACGCUGACCCUGGUUCACUUCGUGGUCACCUGGCUGGGACUCUACAUCUGUCAAAAGAUGGACAUCUUCUCUCCAAAGAGCCUCCCGGUGCGCAGGAUCGUGUGGCUGGCUCUGAGCUUCUGUGGGUUCGUGGCCUUCACCAACCUUUCCCUGCAGAACAACUCCAUAGGCACGUACCAGCUGGCUAAAGCCAUGACCACGCCCGUCAUCAUCCUCAUCCAGACCACCUACUACAAGAAGACCUUCUCCACCAAGAUCAAACUGACACUGGUGAGGAAAGUCUCAUGUUGUCACACCGGGUGCCAAUAAAACAGUUUGUGUGCG